AUGAGAAAUGGCAUAUUGAUCCAGGACCACAAACUAAAUUUCAAAUUGACCAAUAGUUAUGAUGACACUUGCAGGAGGAUAAGAUCUGUCUUUGGACCUUCCAAGAGUAGCUUCCCUAGUUCAUCAAUCUUUUACUACGGCAACAGUAUUAAGAAUUAUUGUGCCAUUGAAAAGAGUGUAACGCGAGAUACCAUUCAAAUCAGAGAUGAUAAUGCUACUGUUGGUAUUUAUUCGAGAGAUGAUUUUUAUGAACCAAUCAUGUUAAAGCAGGCCAGCAAAAACUACGAUCCAACCAUUAGACCAUGGUUUAAGGCAGGUCUUUCUAAGACAUAUCCAGAUUACAUGUGGUCACCUGUGUUUUUCAACGCAUUCAUUGGAGCUACAUCACUGGGAGCUUCCACAACGUUGGAUUUUAUUAAUACUCAGGAUUAUGUCUAUCCUAAUGGAACUGUCGAGACAAGAAAUGUUACUCAAAUUGUUGGUGCUCACUUUGAUUUGUACAAUAUUGAUAGUUCGCUUGUUAAUGUUAUUGAGGCCAAUAAGGAUAUGCAAACAAUAUCUAUUAAGGUUUUGAUUGUUGAGAGACACGGCUUGAUUAUAUCUUCUUCAUUCAAUGCGCAAACAAAAGACCCGUCCAAUGUGAGAAAUCACAUCUCGAACACAACUGAAGUAUUCUCAGAGGUUUGUACAGUGCUGGAAGAUCGAAAGAUACUGUACCAUCUUCCAAAGUCCAUGUGGGGAACUGCUACUACUAUCCCAACGAGCACAAUUAAGGAAAGCUUAGACCCAAAUGCAGAUUUUUCAAUGUUCAUGGUGGGUAACAGCAAGAUUACUAUCCACCAAAUUACCGAUAAUGGGCUUGAUUGGAUUGUGGUGAUUGUUACAGAGGACUAUGGGUUCGUCAAGACCAUUUUCACAAGUUCACCCGCUCUAUUAUCAGUAUCUAUUAUACUUAUUAUUCUGGGUACCUUAUUAAUGAUAGUUGUUACUCAAUUCAUUACAAGAUCAAUAUGGAAAGUUUCCAGAGAUAUGUACAAGAUUUCUAAACUUGAAGUUGAUACAGUGAAGCCAUCCAAGGUCCUUAAGACCAUGUAUGAACUCGAUCUAUUACAGACCUCAAUCAAGACAGUGAAGAAUGGUUUGCACAGUUUUAUGAAAUAUAUUCCAAAAGAUAUUGUCAGGGAUAUUGUAAGAACAGGUAAUGCUUCCAAGUUGGGAAUGGCCAAUGCGAAUUCAACUGUUAUGUUUACUGAUAUUGCAGAUUUUACUUCGUUUUCAGAAUCUUCAAGCUUGUCUGUUUUGCUUAAAAUUCUGACAGAGUAUUUCAAUAUUAUUACUGAGACAGUUGAGGCACAUGAUGGUAUUAUUGAUAAAUUCAUUGGGGAUGGUACCAUGAGUCUGUUUUCAAAUCCAUUAAGAGUUGUACAAGACCAUGCCUAUAAGGGAACAAGGGCUGCAGUUCUUUGUUUGUACAAGAUUGACCAAUUGAAAUCGAAAUGUAUUAAGGAAAAUCUUCCAAUUGUCAAGAUUAGAGUUGGUGUCAAUACUGGUAAUUGUAUGAUGGGAAAUAUUGGAUCAAAGGAUAGAUUCAGUUUCACAGCUAUUGGUGACACUGUUAACACUGCUGGUAGAUUAGAAAUGUUAAACAAGAGAUAUGAUACACCAAUUCUUAUCGGCAACAAUACUUAUGAGAUUGUGAAGAAUAAGUUUAUUUGCAUGUAUGUCGAUUCAGUCAGACUAAAAGGUAAAUCCAAACCAACUGAAGUUUACACUGUCGACGGUGAAAUUGAAGAUAUUACAUCCUCACAGAAGGUGGUGAGUGAUAGGUUAUUGAGAAUAAGAGAUGCUCUCUUUGAUAAAAAGUAUGACACUGCCGUUGAAGAAAUUGAGGAAAUUUACAGACUCAAUGCACAAUGGAAAGAAACUUACAAACCAGAAGAACUCGCUAUUGAUUAUUCCUCCAUUAAAUAUAUUGCCGAGUUGAAGAGAAGAGCUCAAUACUUGAAGAGUAUGGCUGAAAAGAAUUGUAGUGAGGAUUAUGCUUUAGCACUAACUGAAAAAUAA